GAGGCGGCAGCCUCUGGAGGAACACAGCUGCGUCUGGCUGCGGGGCCAAGAGCACUGUCAGGAGAGCCACACGCCCUCUCCGGCUGCAGAAUCACCACGAUUCAGCAACAGCAGGACAGACCACCAAUCACAAGGGGCCUUUGAGAACUUCAGGAUGCGGAUGUCUCCAGUCUUUGCCUGCCUAGCCCUGGGCCUGGCCCUCGUCUUUGGUGAAGGGUCGGCCUCCUACCACCGCCAGACUCAGGCGGCCCGACUGACCACAGACUUUGGAGUGAAGGUGUUUCAGCAGGUGGCAUGGGCCUCCAAGGACCGCAACAUGGUUUUCUCACCUUACGGGGUGGCCUCGGUCCUGGCCAUGUUGCAGCUGACGACAGGAGGAGAGACUCGGCAGCAGAUCCAAGCAGCCAUGCAGUUCCAGAUUGAUGAGAAGGGCAUGGCCCCUGCCCUCCGCCAGCUGUACAAGGAGCUCAUGGGGCCGUGGAACAAGGAUGAGAUCAGCACGGCCGAUGCCAUCUUUGUCCAGCGGGAUCUGAAGCUGGUCAAGGGCUUCAUGCCUCACUUCUUCAGGCUCUUCCGGACCACGGUCAAGCAAGUGGACUUCUCAGAGGUGGAUAGAGCCAGGUUCAUCGUCAACGACUGGGUGAAGACACACACGAAAGGCAUGAUUGGCGACUUACUGGGCGAAGGGGCCGUGAACCAGCUGACGCGCCUGAUGCUGGUGAAUGCCCUCUACUUCAAUGGCCAGUGGAAGACGCCCUUCCCAGAGUCAGGCACCCACCACCGCCUCUUCCACAAAUCUGAUGGCAGCACCGUUUCUGUGCCCAUGAUGGCUCAGACCAAUAAGUUCAACUACACUGAGUUUUCUACCCCCGACGGCCAUUACUAUGACAUCCUGGAAUUGCCCUACCACGGGGACACUCUCAGCAUGUUCAUUGCUGCUCCCUAUGAAAAAGAGGUGCCUCUCUCUGCCCUCACCAACAUCCUGGAUGCCCAGCUCAUCAGCCAGUGGAAAGGGAAUAUGACCAGACAGCUCCGCCUCCUGGUUCUGCCCAAGUUCUCCCUGGAAAGUGAAGUCAACCUCCGGAGACCCCUGGAGAACUUGGGGAUGACUGACAUGUUUAAGCCAAACCAGGCGGACUUCUCGAGUCUCUCAGAUGAAGAGGCACUGUACGUGUCACAGGCGCUGCAAAAAGUCAAGAUCGAGGUGAAUGAGAGCGGCACGGUGGCGUCCUCCUCCACAGCCAUUAUUGUAUCAGCCCGAAUGGCCCCCGAGGAGAUCAUCAUGGACAGACCCUUCCUCUUCGUGGUUCGGCACAACCCCACAGGAACAGUCCUCUUCAUGGGCCAAGUGAUGGAACCCUGACCACGAGGGUGAAGCAGUCCUCAUCUGUGACAGAACUGGAGAUGUAGCCAAGAAGAAAGAACUCCAAAGGAAGAAAACUUUUAUUUUAAUUAAUUUUUCUGGAGAAAGAGAAGGCCUUUGCCGUCAAAAAAAAAAAAAAAAAAGGUAAACCUUUCAAAUCUGCCUCUUAGACCUCAGCCUCUCCCAGGAAUGGAGAAGAGGACCUUUCAGGAAAACUCCCUCGUGGAGCCCCCCGGGGAGACCGCCAACGCUCAGCUGAGUCUCCAAAGCAGACUGUAAAACACGCACAGGCACACGCACAGCUGCUUCUGCCCAUCGCUCUGCCCAUCCGGGUCUUCAGACCUGGACCCCCCCAAGACCCUGGCAGGAUGGCACCGGAAGGCUUUACGGGGGCUUUUGUGCGCUUGGUAGACACUAUUUGCGUUCCAGUCACGUUGCUGUCACUCUUGCACUGUCUGCCACUGCUGAGGAGGCUGGCGGCGGGCCAAAGAAGGCCAGUGGAAGAGACACCCUUUCAUCUCGAGGCCUGUGCUCCCUGGCUCGGCGGUCCUGCACACGGACAGAGCACCUGCCCGCCUCCCUGCGGAGACCCCCUCCGACCUGGCCGGCUCCCUCCCAGAAACAGUGUGCAUGUAUUAUUUUGGAGUGUAGGUGACUUGUUUACUCAUAGAAGCAGGUUUCUGCUUCCCACAAACUUUAUUUUGCAGGAAUGGGCGGGGGGGGGGUGUGUGUGGGGAGAGUGGGAUGUGUGCCUGGCUCUCGGCCCUCAUCUGGUGGGGAGGGUGGGAUGCCGGGGUGUGCCUAGUAUUUAUCACAGCCUUGUCCACAUGUGCUUGUUAAAAAGAGGACUCUCAAGAGAAACGUAUAAUCUGAACUAGCUAGUAGUGCUCCUCGGUGGUCUUGGUCAUUGCAUCUCAGGAGUCUGGCCACUUGACUGGCCACCCUGCUGAGUGGCCAGCAUGGUGGGGCCCACACUGCCACCUUGUGGCUGCCCGAGCCUUCUUUUCCUCGCCCUUCUCCACUCGAGGGCUGAGACCACCCCCCCCCCCCCCCCCCCGCAAGAUGAUCUAACUUCAGCCCACUUUAGGGACCAAAAGGAUGUGGCGGGUAAGAGAGAUCGGAGUGAGGACAGAGUGGUUUCAAAAUUUUCCAAUAUAUUUAGGAACACGAGAGCAAGGGGCUGCACGACCUAGAAGGACAGAACUUUCCCCAAUUACAGGGUGAUUCAUAGCCGCAUUGGUGACUCACUUCAACGUGUCAUUUCCGGCUGCUGUGUGUGAGCAGUGGACACGUGAGAGAGGGAGAGAGAGAGAGAAUGAGAAAGAGGAGGAAGAGGAGAGAGAAUGAGAGAGACCAUGAGCCUGGACUCAACUACCCCAGCUAGGUAAUCUUUCUGAAAACCAACGAGCUAGGGGGCAUGACAUCAAGACCGAUUCAUCGAAGAAUUGCACAUAGAUGUCGAACGAAUGAAUGUGAGCCAGUAGGACCCUAAUCAUCCCACCGUGCUCCUCAGUGAAAAAAUCUUUGUUCUUUGUGUGUCUGUUUGUUUGUUUCUCAUCAUGCACUGGAGAGUGACAGCCGCACAGUACCCGUAAGGAUACCCCAAUGCGGGGUCCGACAUUCUUGAAACUGUUGAAUUAUAUGCUUUUUCACUUUUGAUAUAUAAACAAGUAAAAUAUUUUUUAAAAAUAAUAAAUAA